CUCAGGACCACCAGUUACUAUAGAACUGUUGAGUGACCAUGACGUUAAAAUUACUAGUGUUAGUGUGUUUGUAUUUUGCUGUUUACAGCGAAUGUUCCUCGUGUGUGAAUCGGUGUAAGCCCCCUACGAUGGUGGACAAUCCUGCCAGUGUGAUUCGCUCUGUGGAACGGCUGGUAAUUGUUGUAGUGACUAUCACGGUGAAGCUAGAUGUACAGGUGCCGAAACUUCCUGCGUGAACCGCUGUGGCGAAACAUAUAAUGGAGGUAACACAUGUCACUGUGAUAACCAGUGUUCUAAUGCAGGAAAUUGUUGCAAUGACUACAACCACAUAUGCACAGGAGAUGAUUUGUCUCGCGUUGCUAACGAGAUGUGGUAUGGUGACUGGAAUGCUGCUAGGGAAUCUGAGAUUACUCUCAAUAAACAAGCAUACAUAGAUGACAGAAAUGCACACAAUGAUCUAUCACCGAACAAUUUAUUCACAAGCGUUGACAGCCAGCUUCGAUCACUGAAGUCUUAUGCUCAGUUUGAGGCUUUGAUGAACAAUUAUUAUUCUCAUACUGGUACUGCAGAGGAUGUUACGUCACAUGAGAUCUCAGAAGUCAAUGCAUUCCUUCAGGGAAUCAUGGCGACAUACCCAAUGCAGAAAGCACAUGAAUAUCUGGUAUCAAAAGGUCUCGCACCAUCAAAUGAACUGGACUUUAUUGAUGAGUUGAGGAAGAUUUGGUUUGAGUUGUACACUAGGUCAAGUGGACCCAUGGAUUCUUCAGGAUUUGAGCACGUUCUUGUUGGAGAGAUAAAGAAUGGCGAUGUGACAGGGUUUCAUAAUUGGAUUCAAUUUUAUUUGGAAGAACAAGCAGGUUUUGCCAAUUAUUAUGGAUGGAUGAGUGACAUUGAACCCGACAUUAUGAGUAUCCAAUUCAAGUGGCAAGGUCAUAUGAAAGAAAUCAGCUCCAUGUGGAUCGGCAGAAGUCCUGAAUUUGAACUUGGAAUAUUUACCAUUUGUUUCAAAGAAUAUCCAAACAGUGUGUGUAAAUUUGAGAUGGCUGGCUAUAAUACAAAUGUACAAACUUAUGACCAGGAUGUUGUAUACAUUGGUUCAGCAUACCCCAUUGCAUAAGUCCCCAUGUAUAUGUAAUAAAUUACACUGAUUAUAA